GCCGCCGCCGAAUGGCUUGAGUGCUGCAGUCUCCUGGUGCUGGGAGGGGAAGUAGACGAGAGCCACUGGUGCGUAAACGUAUAGAUUAUUAUGGCAUCGCGGCGAAUGGAGACUAAACCGGUGAUAACGUGUCUUAAAACACUCCUCAUCAUCUACAGCUUCGUUUUCUGGAUCACAGGUGUUGUCCUAUUGGCUGUUGGAGUAUGGGGUAAGCUCACCUUGGGGACUUACAUCUCUCUUGUUGCUGAAAAUUCCACUAAUGCCCCAUAUGUACUCAUUGGGACUGGCACCACCAUUGUCAUUUUUGGCCUAUUUGGUUGCUUCGCAACAUGUCGUGGAAGCCCAUGGAUGCUGAAACUGUAUGCCAUGUUCCUGUCCUUGGUGUUCUUGGCAGAACUGGUUGCUGGCAUUUCUGGAUUUGUAUUUCGACACGAGAUCAAAGAUAUUUUUCUCAAGACUUACACUGAUGCCGUUCAUAACUACAAUGGAAAUGAUGAGCAAAGCCAUGCUGUCGAUGAUGUGCAGAAUAGUCUGCGCUGCUGUGGUGUACAGAACUAUACAAACUGGAGCACAAGCACCUACUGGCCUGACCAUGGCUUUCCUCGCAGUUGCUGUAUAAAGAGUAGUGACUGUAACCCUGAGGAUUUACGGAACAUGACUAUUGCUGCCACCAAAGUCCACCAGCAGGGCUGCUAUGAGUUGGUGACAAGCUUCAUGGAAACAAAUAUGGGAAUUAUUGCUGGGGUUGCAUUUGGAAUUGCCUUCCUACAGUUAAUUGGAAUGUUACUAGCCUGUUGUUUGUCCCGAUUCAUCACUGCAAACCAGUAUGAAAUGGUGUAAUACAUGCAAAAAGAAGGAGACAUGAUCUAAUUAGGCAGUUUCUAACGUAGGAUUUGUAGAAGACAAGCCGGCAUCCUAAGAACUCAAACAGAAUAAUCUUUCUAUUAUUUGUGGUGCACCAUUUUUUGUCAUUCAGUUGUGUGAUAAAGGGUAGCUUCUUUUUACAUUGAACAUUAAGGCUUUUAAGAUGCUGGAGAUUGCAAUAGUUUAUUUACUUGGUCAACUUAAUGGAAUUCAUACUGUGAUACAACAGGUACCAUAAUUGCUUUAUGUGGAUCUGCAUGUAGAAACAUGAGUUUUUGGGGAUGGGAUGUGCAGGUGGGUAGAGGCUGUUUAGCAGUGUCACUGGAAUUUCUCAUAUCUUUUAUUUAUAGUGACAAAUAUUGAUGACUAUUUCACGUAGAUAUUCAGGUUUUGAUUCAUUUCAUACGGACUUAGAAAUGGGGGAAAAUGGAUUACUGGGGGAAAUAUAUUAGUAGUAAUGUUGGGCUUGAAGGGAAAAGGAAAGUGAUUUCCCUGAAUCUAAACUACAAUUCAAGUUUUGUAAUUAUAGUGUCAUUAAACAUUACUGCUUAUGGCACUGUAUGUAGCCUCCUGUCCUUUGUAAAAUGUAGUUACACUGUUUGUUACGUGAACCCAGUAAAUAAUAUUGCUUCAGUUUUAAGUAUUUGUAUGUUAGCAUUUACACUGUAAGUAGAAGGCUGUCAAGCAAGCAUCAACAUGUUUUUUUUAUUGCCUUAUGUAGCAAUUGAUGAUCCCACAGAAUAGGUUAUUUAAUAAGAUGGGACAGUGUUAAGCAAGUCAAAAGAACAUUACAGAAGUAAAUUGUAGUUGAAACUAAUGCAUUUUAAAACUGCCACCAACCAGCAUGCCAACAUGACUGCAACAUUGUGAGCUUUUGUGAAUUCUGUAUUAAUAAAAACUGUUAAUUACAA